AUUAAUGAUUUGAUACAUUCUCCCUUUCCCUUUUUGAAUUUCUUUUUUUCUUUUUGCUUCUGAAUUAUUAUUAGAAUAUAUAUAUAUAUAUUUGCUUCUACCUUUUAAUAAAUGCAGCAUCCUUCAGAGUUUGGAUCGAAUAUAAGAACUAGAGUUCCACCUGUGGACCGUAAUAGUGCAGUAGAUGUAAAUAGACUCAGCACUUGGUAUGAAGACCUUGAGGAAUACGAAGGUAAUCUCGAAGAAAUGGCUUCUGCCACUUUAGAUCAGUCUUUUCAAGAUGAAUUGCAGCAUGUGGAUCAAUGGUUUGGAUUCUUGAGCGAUGCGGAAAAGACAGCUACGUUAUAUACAUUGCUUCAACAUUCAUCACAAGUACAAAUUCGAUUUUUCAUUCACUUGUUGCAAGAAAUGAGAAAACCAAAGCCCAUCCUUCGAGGUUCCGAUCGAGCUUCAGCAUUGAUGAAUUUAAACAGAAGAGCACCUGUACCAUCACAGCCAGUCAACAAUCGACAUUCAUUUGCUUUAGGAGACACAGAAGAAUUAUCCCGGAUGUUUGGCCAUAUGGGAUCCGAUUGGACAAAUAAAGAGCAACAACGAACGAAUAUUCCUCCCCACGCCACUAGCAAUUUACGACCCAAGUCAGUCAUGGAAUUAGGAGGUGGAACUGGAACUGGAACUGGAGGAGGAGGAGGUGGAGGAGGAGGUGGUGGUGGGGGAGGGGAAUCUUCCUUCUCGAAUUCUUGGUUGAAUCAACGACAGCCCAAAUUAUUCAAUAAUGAUAACGUGAUUGAAAGACCUCGUUCUGCGGAUAUUUCCUCUUGGCAUGUACCAUCCGCAGCUUCUUGGAAACCCUUGGGUUCUGACCUGAAUUGGAAAGAACCCAUCCAACGCUUCAAUAGCAGCAUCGUACCUGAAAACUCGUCAUUAAAACCAGACGACAUCAUUCGUAACAGAAGAGCUUCUGCAGCUCCCGUCCAUAACAACAGCAGUAACAACACUAAUAAUAGAUUUUCACAACAACAAUUUUUAUCUCCACCCCAAACUAAUUCAAGAAGAUCCUCCUCGGCUGAAGUUGUACAUGAUGUCUUGUUGGGUUACGGUAGUGACCAAAGUGAUACUUCCACUCAGUCUCGUUACCGUCCUCCUCCUCCUCCUCUUCUCUCCAGUAGCAGCAGCGCUCAUCCAACCACCAUUAUAGAAAACAAUCGCGAAGACGAUGUAGACAUGGACCUACUACAAGAUGUUACGGCCUGGCUCAGAAGUCUUCGUUUGCAUAAAUACAACAGCAUUUUUGAAAACAUGCGUUGGCAGGAUAUGGUCAAAUUAGACGACGCAGGACUACAAGCUAAAGGUGUAGCUGCUUUAGGUGCUCGACGUAAAAUGCUCAAAGUAUUUGAAAAUGUUCGGGAACAUUGUAAAAAGAAUCACAUUGAAUAUUAAUGACACCA